UGUCUUUGAUUGGAAUCAUUGGACAGCCAACUUCUUCCUCGUUUCUUCGUUGUUUCCCCUGUCUCUUUCUCAAUGCCAGGAAAAAAUUCCCUUACAAUUGUUGCUUAUUUUUCUCAUCCUCAUCAGUCACAUUAAUUCAAAUUGAGUUUUCCGUUUUUUCCUUAAUAAUUCCAAACAAAAAUCCCUCAUUAAUUCCCACCAAUUCAUUUCCCUUCCCUUCAAUUCCUUCAACUUAAUUAGUUGUGCAUUUAAUUUCUCUUCCUCUCUUCCCCAAUGGGUAUUGGGAAGAAGUCUCUGUUUUUGUCAGCCGUUUUGGUGUGCUUCAGUGUUGCCAGAGCUUGCUCCAAUGGAGAGUGCAAGCUGCUUGAUGAGUGCACAACGGAUGGGGAUUGCGAAACAGGGCUGUACUGCUUCUCAUGUCCUCUAGGGUUUACGGGGUUUAGGUGUGUCAGAUCCGGCUUUACUGAUCAAUUCAAGCUUGUGAAUGAUUCGCUUCCAUUCAACAAGUAUGCAUUUUUGACAACCCACAAUGCUUACGCUAUCGACGGGGAGCCAUCUCACACCGGAGUCCCGAGAGUUACCCUAACAAAUCAAGAAGACAAUGUCACUCAACAGCUAAACAAUGGCGCUCGCGCCUUGAUGCUCGACACCUACGACUUCAAAGGUGACGUAUGGUUGUGCCAUUCUUUCGGGGGCGAAUGCUACGAUUUUACUGCAUUUGAACCAGCUAUAGACACCUUGAGGGAAGUUGAGGCCUUCUUAUCUGCCAAUCCAUCUGAAAUAGUCACCAUUAUACUGGAGGACUAUGUUCAGGCCCCUAAUGGAUUGACCAAAGUCUUCACCAACGCGGGUUUGAUGCAGUAUUGGUUCCCAUUAACAAGCAUGCCACAAAAUGGUCAAGACUGGCCUCUGGUUAGCGACAUGGUCGCGAAAAACCAGAGGCUUCUUGUUUUCACGUCGAUUAGAUCCAAGCAAGAGAGCGAAGGGAUCGCUUAUCAGUGGAACUAUAUGGUUGAAAAUCAAUAUGGGGAUGGAGGAAUGGAGGCAGGAAACUGCUCUAACAGGGCUGAGUCAUCGCCACUCGAUGACAAGACUAAAUCACUGGUUCUGGUAAAUUACUUCAGGUCUGUUCCAAUCAAGCUGUCCGCCUGCGUUCAAAAUUCCGAAGACCUGAUCGACAUGCUGCAGACUUGUCAUGGGGCGUCUGGGAAUCGAUGGGCGAAUUUCGUUGCUGUUGAUUACUACAAGAGGAGUGAAGGAGGAGGAACAUUUCAAGCAGUAGAUACUCUAAAUGGGGAGCUGCUGUGUGGCUGUGAGGAUGUACAUUCUUGUGUGGUUGGAGAGGUUACUAGCGCGUGAAAAUCUUUCUUAGGCGUGACCAAAGAAACUCAUCCCCGCUGGGAGUUAUAAAAGGAGCCCAAAUGGGUCCAACAACGAGGGAAAAUCAUCAACAAAAGACGGGCUUGAAUCAUAGCUUAACCCCGUUCGCCACGAAGACAUACCGACAGAAAGACAAAAAGCAGAUUUGCUAAUAUUGGCGAUCGAGUCUACACCUAAAUGAGAAUUACGAGAGGAAAUUUUUUAUUUUAGUUGAACUGAAGAUUCUUUUUU